GUUCAUACAGCAGGUGUGCACAGUUUACACAGAGCAGUGUGCUCUCCCUGUGACAGCUGCCGACAUUCACAGACUUCCCUAAAACUCCUCGGCCUUUUGGAAUAAGCAGCAGAGAAUAAGACCUCACGAUGGCAAACUUUGGAGGACAUGCCAUUCCUGGCAGUUUUUUCUUGCUCUUUGGCUUUUGGCUAACAGUGAAACACAUUCUCCAGCACUACUGGAGGACAAAUCAGCCUAAAGGAAGACAGAUCAUGCCACCUUUCUUUAAAAAAAUGGACUGUUUGGAAGGAGGAUUUCAAAUUUUUGCUUCAUUUGUUGGUAUUAUGGUUGAACAGUUUGUGGUGGAUGGGCCACAUGCCCACCUUUACGACUACAAGACUAGCUCAUGGGUCAAGCUGAUGAACUGGCAGCACAGCACCAUGUAUCUGUUCUUUGGGAUCUCUGGAAUAGCACUGGUUCUCACUGCAACCAAAAAGGUGCCGGCUGGCAUGGACCGCCUCGCUCUCUCCUUGGCUCUUUUUGUUGAAGGAUUUCUGUUCUAUUACCACGUGCACAGUCGCCCCCCUCUGGACGCUCACAUCCACACCCUGCUGCUUGUGCCUGUGUUUAGUGGUUCGUUCAGCAUUAUGUUGGAGGUGUUCAUAAAGGACAACAUUGUUUUGGAGCUGUUCAAAGGAUCCAUGUUCAUCCUGCAGGGCUCGUGGUUCUACCAGAUCGGAUUUGUACUUUACCCAUUACAUGGACCAGAGUGGGACCUGAAACUUCAUGACAACAUUAUGUUCAUCACAAUGUGCUUCUGCUGGCAUCUCUCUGUGGCCCUGAUUUUAGUGGCCUGUACCUCCUCUGUGGUUUGGUGCACGGUGAAGCGAUUUUCAGGCAAGGGACAGGACAUCGAGAUCGGAAUGCGAAAUACAUCCUCCAAAACGAGUUCCCAGAAAGCUUUGCUCGAAGAGUCGGAUGAAGAGUGAUUGCAAGGUUUUGAUUUCUUUUUAAUUUGUCUGCCGUUUUUUGCACAAUGUACUUUGAUUAUUUUUUUGAAAGAAAAUAAAGUUAAUUAUGAACUGUUCCAUGUGUUAAAGUUACAUAAAGUCAAGUGUUUACAGCCUUUCUAUUUAACUAAAUUAAACACCUGCUAACUCAACAAAUAAUGUAUCAUAAUAAUAAUAAUAAUAAUAA